AUGUAAAUUAGAAGAUCAAUAAUUUCGAAAAAGGACCUUAGAAAAGACAUCAAAAAAUAAGAAUCAAACUUGCCUGAUCAAUCUGAAAAAUUUAAGAAGGUUUUUGAAAUCUGUGGAGAUGAAAUCAUCUCUUAUCUAAAUAAAAAGGAAUAGAUGCAAUUACGAUCAGGUUGAAUAUCAUUCUAUUUUCAGUUUGUAGAAUUUCAUUUUACAUGGUACAAACGUAUUAAGUCUGGAAUAUGAUGAUUUUUGAUAGUGAUCAAAUCAGUCAAGCUACUACCAAUGAUUCAAAUAUGAAGGAAAGCUUUUUGAAAAACUCGUUUUAUUCAAAAGUUGGAAAAUCACGCCCAUCCACCUAAGAACAAAUGCAAAAAGAAUAAUGGCUCAUUAAACCUGCUAAUUAUAAUCCACCCUAAAAAAAGUUAGUAUUUUUAAAAAACAAAAACAAAAUUGAAGACAACAUACUUGUAUAUUGUUACAUUUAACUUAGUCUGACGAAGAUCUUAAAUAAACAAUCACAGUUUGGACACUUAAUUUAAAUAGUCUCGAAAAAUAAAUAAACAUUGCAAAAAUACAAACGGACAGUUUUAUUCAGGAAAUUACACUAUGGAUUGAUCAUGUGAAUUUAUUACAAGAAUUUUAAAAUGAAUAUCAGCUUGAGCAUGUGGGUAAGAUACUUUAGUUAUUGAAAUAAAAAUCUAUUUUAGAUGUAAGUUUGGAUCGAAAAAGAAAAAUAUUACAAGACAUCCUUAAUUCAUUGUUAAAUGAUUUUGAAUUAAAAAAGAAAUAUUCAAAUGAUAUCCAAAUACUCAAACCUAUUUGCCAAAGAUUAUUACAAAUAAAAUUGGCAGAUUUCUAAUCGGAAAUUCCAAACCAAUUAUGGCCUAAGAUAGAUUAAAUUUAAAAUCAAUUUGAUAAGAUUUUCAAUAUAAGGAAAGAAUUCUUUUUCAUGAAACUAUUUUAGAUAACUUAAAAGAUCUUUUCAAUUAAUUUAGGUUGGAUAGUUGAUUUUUCAAACUAUGAAUUAACUCUAAAUUUGUUAGAGUAAUUUUAAUAGUUUCUGAUUUAAUUAGUAAGAUUACAUUUUCUAUCAUUAGAUACAAAGACAUUCUUUUGGGGAAAAGAAGUUUAAUUAAAAUUAACUGCAACAUUCAUAAAAUGAACUUUACUUUUAAACUUAUAAAAAAUCAAUUGAUGAUAUCAUUAAAAUGCUCAAGCUCAAUAAGAAACUGUAUGAUAGUCAAAAGGAAAAUUUAUAAGUUUAAGCAAUGUUCUAGAGUUAUAAACAAUAAACAUUUGACUAGUUUUAAGAAAAAUAAUAAUGGGCAUAAAUUUAUGUAAGAUUUUAUAUUGAUUUUAGAAUACUUGGAAGGAAAAAUAUUAAAAUAUAAAAAAAUAAACCUAAGAAGUGCCAGAAUCACAAGAAGGAAUUAGUUUUGGCUUUUUUUAAACUAAAAUGAGUUGGAGUAUUCAAUGA